AUCACUUAUGACCAAAAAAGGCAAAAACAUCAUCAUCAAGUACUGAUUCCGGUAGUUCAUGAAAUCACUAUUAAUAGUAAUCGAAACACAUACUUCCAUCCCAGAAUCGAACACAGAGAAUCAAGAAAGCUUAAACGAAAUGGGAUCUCUUUCUCUUCCAUCCCCAGGAGAACAAGAAGAAAAAUCAACAAUAGAUCAAACCAAAUUGUUUAAUCUGUUCAAAGCCCAACAAAAUUACCUUAACCAUUUCUUUCAAAACCUUGAUAUCUUCCAAACUUUAACUUUUACGCAAACCCUUUUGAAUUGCAGGGGCACCAUUCUUUUCACUGGUGUCGGAAAAUCAGGCUUCGUGGCUCAGAAAAUCUCCCAGACCUUAAUUUCUCUUGGUAUUAAAUCUGGGUUUUUAUCCCCUGUCGAUGCGCUCCAUGGAGACAUUGGCAUUUUGGCCUCUGAUGAUUUACUGGUUCUCUUCAGCAAGAGUGGGAAUUCCGAGGAAUUGUUGAGGCUUGUGCCGUGUGCGAAGGCGAAGGGGGCGUAUUUGAUUUCUGUGACGUCGGUAAAGCCUAAUGGGUUGAUGGGAUUGUGUGAUCUGAGCGUGCAUUUGCCUCUGGAGAGAGAAUUGUGCCCGUUUGAUUUGGCUCCGGUCACCUCAACUACGAUCCAGAUGGUUUUUGGAGAUACUGUCGCAAUUGCGCUCAUGGGGGCGCGGAAUUUGAGCAAAAAGGAGUACGCCGUGAAUCAUCCAGCAGGGAGAAUAGGGAAGAGCUUGAUUUUCAAGGUGAAGGAUCUUAUGAAGAAGAAAGAAAAACUUCCAGUUUGCAGGGAAGGAGAUCUAAUCAUGGAUCAGCUGGUAGAGCUAACUAGUAAAGGUUGUGGAUGCCUUCUUGUUAUAGAUGAUGACCAUCAUCUGCUAGGUACAUUUACAGAUGGUGAUUUGCGGCGUACGCUGAAAGCUAGUGGUGAAAGGAUCUUCAAGCUCUCAGUGGGAGAAAUGUGUAACAGGAACCCGAGAACUAUUGGUUCUGACGCAAUGGCAGUCGAUGCUAUGCAGAAGAUGGAGUCUCCGCCUUCUCCUGUACAGUUCUUACCUGUGGUCAGUGAUGACAACGUUUUGAUUGGUAUCGUUACAUUGCAUGACUUGGUAUCGGCUGGCUUGUGAUUUUUGCAUGUGUGAUGUUCUAUUUGUACUUGUAUCUCAAUAAUUGUUUUUAUUCUUUCCAAGACUACGUUGUGAUUUGUAAUAGAUCUCAUUAGACGAUUAUGUAUUUGUUGAAGAAUAUGAAUGUAUAGCCAUGAUCUUUUCAAAGGCUCUCAUUUCUUCCUUUA